ACCAAUUAAUCUUUCCUCAAUUUCGGCACCGUUUAAGCCAUACCUAUUCUCAAUCUCUCAUUUGGUACGUGAAAUGUUUUAUCAUGCUUUCAAUGGAUACAUGAAGCAUGCUUUUCCUCUCGACGAAUUAAGACCUCUGUCGUGUGAAGGAGAAGAUUCACUUGGUGGUUAUGCUUUGACUUUGAUUGAUUCAUUGGAUACACUGGCCCUGCUUGGUGAUCGGGAACAAUUUGCUGCAUCUGUUGAAUGGAUUGGUAAAAAUCUUCGGUUCGAUAUAAAUAAAACAGUAUCUAUCUUUGAGACGACAAUUCGAGUUCUUGGAGGUUUACUUUCAGCUCAUCUUAUUGCAAGUGACCACACUACGGGUAUGAAAGUUGCAUCCUAUGAGAAUCAACUGCUUGACUUAGCAGAGGAUCUGGCUCGAAGAUUACUGCCUGCAUUUGACACUCCUACAGGAAUUCCAUUUGGAUCAGUUAACCUAUUGUAUGGAGUUGAUGAACAUGAAAGCAAGAUAACGUCAACAGCCGGUGGUGGGACCUUAACUUUGGAAUUUGGUGUUCUUAGCCGUUUGACGGAUGAUCCAAUUUUUGAACAAGUAACAAAGAACGCAGUACGUGGACUGUGGGCACGCCGUUCAAAGCUUAAUUUAGUUGGUGCACAUAUUAAUGUUUUUACAGGUGAAUGGACACAGAAGGUAACAUUCAUGUCAAUGAAAAUGAACAAUGGAUGCAUUACAUAUUCAUUUUUUUGAUACCCAUAGUUGCAAUUUGCAAACAACAAGAUUUUUUUCAGUUCUCAUUGCUCUUUCCCUGGCAUGAGUGUCAGAAACAAUUAGAUUGGCGGAAAGUUUAUGAUAAUUGAAAAUUUAUUUCCUGAUCUUACUGAUUCUUCAAUCUAAUCAUACUUUUAAUUGGUCAUCACUGCUUAGACCUUUCAUGGUAAACGUAGUGUAAUUUGAAGCAGAUGCUUUGAUGGACUUAGAUUGGGAAAAGAACGCUUGGUUGAAUUCCAUCAUAUCCUUUCAAUGAAGAAUUAUGGUUGGAAUGAAAAUGAUAAUCUUUUAAGAGAAAUCUCAAGAUUGGGAGGAAAUUCCGGCACAUUCCUUUUCCAUUUUGGAUAAACAUUUUUGCAAUUAUUCAGAACCUGUAAUUAAUAUUUCUUAGAGUAGUUUUUUAAGCUAUUUGAGUCGGGAUCUAUGCCCCCUUUUUGAAUUUUUAUAAAUACAAUACAAGAAAAACUUUUUCUUUGUUGCCAAGAAUAGGAAGCGUACGUUUAUAUUUUGAUGGGGGGUAGAUUUCUAUUCUCUUUAGUCGGAGGAACCUAUUCUUUUUUAUACUCUCCCUCUUUUUAAAAUACCGGUGUCAAUGAUAAAAACCUAGAAAAAGUUACCAGGGACUUCUUGUGGGAGGGGAUUGAGGAGUGGUGGGUUGCACCCUAUAGGUUGGGAGGUGGUUUCACAGCCCUUGAAGGCAAGUGAUUCGAGUAUUGACAACCUGAGACUUCCAAAUGAUGCUUGUUUGGCAAACUGGUUGUGGUAUUUCUUUCAGGAAUCUCGGGCUUUGUGGCAAUGGAUCAUUGUGAGCACGCUUGGUGCUUACCCUUUAGAGUGGGUCUCUGGUAGUAGGAUUUUGAUAUCUUUUAGAAAUCCCUAUGAGGCUAUCUCUUCAGUUGUUCCUCUCUUCCAGUUCAUGAAAUGCCCCAUUGGGAAUGGCUCGGAUAGUUACUUUUGGGAGGAAUUUUGGGUGGUGGAGGUUCUCUUUGCAUAUUUUUCCUCCAUUUGUACCAUCUUUCUGAUUCGAUGUUGCAUUCAGUGGCCUUUAUUCUCUCGUCCUCUUGGGAAUCUCUGUCCUUCAAUUUGGAGUUUCUUUGUUCUCUUACUAGUAGGGAGGCAGUAGAGGUGUCUUGACUUUUCUUUUAAGAAAUUCUCAUAUCAUUUGGGGUAGGAGGGAUCUUCAUUUGUGGACUCCUUGUCCUUCCCAAGACUUUUUGUCUAGCUCUCUUUUCCAGCUUGAGUGUUCCCUCAGACCCUGCUGGCUCCAUUCUUUUUCCUCAUUUUGGAAGAUUAAGAUUACUGAGAAGGUUAAGUUCUUUUCCAGAAAGGUCUUACAUGAGAGAGUUAAUACUAUAGGCUGUGUGCAGAGGCAUUCUUCCUUCUUUUGGGGGGUUGCAGUGUCAAAAGACUUUUGGUGUCAAAGGGUAUAGUAGUGUCAAAAGACUUCGAUCAUACCCUUUGGAGCUGCCAGUUUUGCUUUUGGUUUGGUCUCAUUUCUUGGGGGCUUUUGGUGUGUCUUCAGCUUGGAAUAAGAAUUCUAGGGCUGUGAUUGAGAAGGUUAUGCUUUCUCCCCCUUUUAGGGAGAAGGAAAAUUUCUGGGGCAACUUCUUUCCUGUUGUACGGGAGUUUUUAGAGGGGGCUGAGCAUUCUAUGGAGGAGUUGACUGAAGUCAUUAGGUUUAAUACCUCGAUUUGGACCUUGGUGACUGAAGUCUUUUGAAAUUAUCAAUUAGGUCUUAUUCUUUUUUAUUGGAGCCCUUUUUUAGUUCUUUAGGUACCAUUGUAUAAGAAAAAAGCUCAGUUUCUUAUCAAGAAAAAAAAAAAAAAAUCUUUUUUCUUCCCCUUUUGACGAUACAUUUUCUUCAGCAUUUCUUAUGAAAUUCAUUUAGCGAAGCUUUGUUUGUUUACAAUUAUUACUAUAUAUCACAUUUUGUUUGGAAUGAAGACAUUAGCUAUAUGGUUUUAGUCUGGUUAAGAAAAAUACUCAGGUAGAUAUGUUACCAAGGAUACAAAUAUAUUGGGCGUUUCUUGAUGCCAUUCUUAAAUGAAAGGGCUGU